GCGGGCGGCGCGGUGGGCGGCGCGGCGGGCGGGCGGAGGAGGCCGAGGGCCCCAGCGUGGCCGAGCUGCAGGUCAAGCUGGAAGAAAUGGAGGGCCUGCUGAAGGCUGAGCGUGAGGAGCGCAACUACUACCAGCUAGAACGCGACAAGAUCAACACGUUCUGGGAGGUGACCAAGAAGGAUCUGGACGAGGCCAAGGCUGCGCUGCGUAACAAGGACCGCGAGAUGGAGGAGCUCGAGGAGAACCACCAGGUGCAGAUCAAGGUGUACAAGCAAAAGGUCAAGCACCUGCUCUACGAGCACCAGAACAAGAUUGCCGAGCUCAAGCGGCAGGCCGAGUCUAAGAUGACGCUGCAGCACACCGAGGCAGUGUCCAAGCAGGGCGAGCUGAAGAAGACCAAGCGCGAGCUGAAGCACAAGCUGAAGGAGAAGCAGUCGCGCAACGAACUCCAUGUGCGGACUAUCCAGCAGAAUCACGAGAAGGAAAAGACCAAGCUCCGCGAAGACUACGAGCGGCAGGCGCAGGAGAUGCACGCCAACUAUGUGCAGAAGACCCGCGCCUUGCGUAGAGAGAUUGAGCUUCGCCGCAAGACCGAGCUCAAGGAGUUGCAGAACCGUAAGGACUUGUUCAUCCAGGACCUGAUGGCCAACCACGAAAAGGCCUUUGCCGACAUCAAAGCCUACUACUUUGACAUUACGCAGAACAACAUGGCCCUCAUUGUCUCGCUCAAGGACCACGUGGAGGAGCUGCGCAAGCAGUCGUACGCAGACGCCAAGCGCAUGCUCUCCAUGAAGGCCGAUCUGCAGCGCGCCCUCGAGCCGCUUGCAGAAAAGACUGCCCGUGUCGAGGAGCUGGAGAAGGAGCUGGAGGCCUUCCGCUCCACCCAGGAGCGGCUGAAGAAGACGACCAAGAUGCUGGCUACCACCAAGGACGAGCUCAAGGAUCUGCAGUGGGAGCACGAGGUUCUCGAGCAGCGCUUUGCCCAGGUCGAGGCCGAGCGUGACGAGCUGUACGACAAGUUUGUCACCACCAUUCACGAGGUCCAGCAAAAGUCCGGCUUUAAGAACUUGUUGCUUGAGAAGAAGAUGGCCGUUCUCAACGACGAGCUCGAGAAGAAGGACGCCCAGCUCUCCGAGGUCCUCGCCGCGUCCAACAUCGAGCCGGGCGCUCUUGCCGCCGUCACCAAGCGCCUCGAGGACGUGCUUGACGUCAAGAACAAAACCAUCCGCGCCCUGCAGCUCGAGGUGGCCAAGGUCGUCAAGGCCCGCAACGAUACUAUCCGCGUCUACGAGGCCAAGCUCGCCGAGUACGGCAUUCCCGUCGAAGAUCUCGGCUUUGUUCCAGCAGACAUUGGCUCUUCUGCACCUGCGGGCCUUGUCGCAUCGUAGCAGCCAUUUCCUCGCUCGCCACUGGCCGGCGGUGUUUGCCGCAGUGCGAUUUAAAAAGCUUGCGAUGGU